CCGAGCCGCGGUGCCGGCCUGGUGUCAAAGGGGCGAAAUUCAGGACUGAGAUAGGACAGCUGGAUUGCAGCAGGGCUUGGAGCCAGCGGGGUGGGAGUGGUCAGUGGCCAGUCACCUGUCCUUUCUCACCGAAAGAGAAACUUCGGCUGUUGCAAGGGCGAGGAUCCGUGUAGGGGGAAGGGCAGCGGGUAGCCCAACACCCUCUCCUCGGAGUCCCGGGUCUUCCCCCACCGGGGUCGAGCUAGGGUCCGGGUCGGGGGCGGGUCCAGGCCCGCGGCCCUGCCCAGCAGGCGGGCUCAGGCCUCGUCCUCGGAUCUCCGCCGCGGGGCCAAUCCUGCGUCUGGGGCGCACCCGGUGGCCUUUCCGGACCCGCAGCUUCCUCCGGCCGUCCCUCCCCUCGCACUCCCGCCCCCGGCCCCAGUGUGGCCGGGCUUCGCGGCGGCGGCACCGGCGGUGGCGGCGACUGGGCUGCGCCCCGCUGCGUCCCCGAGUCCCGGGAGUCGGCGCGGCGCGCCAAAGUGACCUGAGGACAGCCUGGACCCCAAGCUCAUCAGCCUUGCCUGGCCUCUUCCUGCUUAGAUUUGGGUGGCCCUGAGGAAUUAGGAGGACAGAGGACCCUCUUCCUCCUCCACAGGCAGGAGCAGCCACCUGCCACGGAGAGCCCAGCUGUCAGCUGCCCCAGAGGAAGAUGCUGCGAGGAUGGGGCGUCCUCAGUGUGGGUGUGUGUAUGCACGCAGCUCUGGGAGUACUCUGCCUCUGCCUUACAGGAGCUGUGGAGGUCCAGGUCUCUGAAGACCCUGUGGUGGCCUUGGUGGACACGGAUGCCACCCUACGCUGCUCCUUUUCCCCAGAGCCUGGCUUCAGUCUGGCGCAGCUCAACCUCAUCUGGCAGUUGACAGACACCAAACAGCUGGUUCACAGCUUCACCGAGGGGCGGGACCAAGGCAGCGCCUAUGCCAACCGCACAGCACUCUUCCCUGACUUGUUGGUGCAGGGCAACGCGUCCUUGAGGCUGCAGCGAGUCCAAGUAACCGAUGAGGGCAGCUACACCUGCUUUGUGAGCAUCCGGGACUUUGACAGCGCUGCUGUUAGCCUGCAGGUGGCCGCCCCCUACUCGAAGCCCAGCAUGACUCUGGAGUCCAACAAGGACCUGCGCCCAGGGAACAUGGUGACCAUCACGUGCUCCAGUUACCAGGGCUACCCUGAGGCCGAGGUGUUCUGGAAGGAUGGACAGGGGUUGCCCUUGACUGGCAAUGUGACAACAUCCCAGAUGGCCAACGAGCGGGGCUUGUUUGACGUUCACAGCGUGCUGAGGGUGGUGCUGGGUGCUAAUGGCACCUACAGCUGCCUGGUGCGCAACCCGGUUUUGCAGCAAGAUGCUCACGGCUCCGUCACCAUCACAGGGCAGCCUGUGACAUUCCCCCCUGAGGCUCUGUGGGUGACCGUGGGGCUCUCUGUCUGUCUUGUGGUACUGCUGGUGGCCCUGGCCUUCGUGUGCUGGAGAAAGAUCAAGCAGAGCUGCGAGGAGGAGAAUGCAGGGGCUGAGGACCAGGAUGGGGAUGGAGAAGGAGCCAAGACAGCUCUGAGGCCUCUGAAACACUCUGAAAACAAAGAAGAUGAUGGACAAGAAAUAGCCUGACGGGGAGAUGUUGCCUUCCCAGAUUGGGGCCCCGCCUGUGGCUGUGUUGAGCCUCAAUGUGAGCCCUGCCCCCAGUGAAUGGGCUCGGCUCUGCAGGUCCACCUGUUCUUCAAAGGAUGUGGUGCAUAGGCCACCCACAACCUUAUUUCUCUGAUGGACUUAAUUCCCGUCAUCCCCGAAGCCUUACUUCUCCAGUGACACGAUACACGAACCAUCCUGCGGCCUUCUUUCUUAUGGACACAACACACAGACCGUUCCGCCUCCGUGCUCCUCCAGUCGUCCGGUGGCCUUGUUUCUCCAAAGAUGCCACACACGAACCUGCCUUCAGCCUCACGUCUUACGGACACACGCACACCACCCCCACCUCCUUGCUCCUCCAAAGCCAGGCGGACCGUGUGACUGCUGUUAUGCUCUGAGGCAUAGGCCGUUCAGCUGAACCUUACUUUUCUAAAGACAGCCGCACAGUUACUUCUUGGUCGUUUCUCCCGUGGCCCUGGCCUAUCUUAGUUACCGUCCCUCGACCUCUGUUCUGACUGCCGAGGAUCCCAUCUCCUCAGCAUCUCCCAGGUCUUCAUCCUGACUCUCUUGCCCCGCUCUGACCCCGACUUUGGUUGUCUCCUCCCUGACUAGGUGAGAGGGGGACUUGCUCCCCAUCUACACACACAGGUACCAGCAUCCCUGCAGCUGUGCGUGCUGGAAUUCACGCAGACCUGCCUUGCGAGGUCUCUUCUGGCUGCCCUGGGGUGUGUCCAUUCUCCCCACAGGAAGCAGGUGCUGGUCCCCCUGCUUCUCAGGGCCCUCAGGGGGUCAGCCUUCAACCCUGUGCUUUUCCAUGUUUGCAAUCUUUGCUACUUUUGCUUUCUUAGUAAAUUAACGAUCACUUGAGCAACCACGGGGGUCAUCACUGCUGGACCUUCCAGGGUCCUGCAGGAAGAUCGGAGGCUCUUCCCUCUAGGCCUCACCCCAACUUGGAAAUGGGUUUGCUCUCUACUGUACCCAUCUGUGCCCACAACUCCUGGAUACCUCACCCUCAGCCUACACUAUCCCUGACCCAGGGCCCAGGGAGGGGCAGAAACCUGGAGAAAGCCCAGCCCUUGCCAUACCUGGAGAGCUGGCUAUUUUCCAAUCUUUCUAGAUGUGGACUGGAAGGCAGGUGGCCACAGCUAGUCAGACCUGAGUUGGGGCGGCAGCCUACGCCAUGCUGAGACCAUCUUAAUAGCUGGAGCCUGGGGAGGCUGCUCCUUACCAUGGUGCUAUUUUGGAGCUGGGGCAUAUACCUGGUUUGUCUCUGGCAGCCCUGGCUCUGGCAAAGCAGAACUGCUGAUGUCCCCCUGAAGGCAUGUCUCCAACCCUGGUACUGAAGAAAAUGAGGAUAAUUUAGACAGACGCUGGCCAGGUGUGGUGGUGCACACCUUUAAUCCCAGUACUCAGGAGGCAGAGGCAGGCAGAUCUGUGAGUUCGAGGUCAGCCUUGUCUAGAGAGUGAGUUCUAAGACAACUAGGGCUACUCAGAGACUGUCUCAAAAAAACUAAAAUAAAAUAAAAUAAAUACGGGAUUCUGUAAACUCGGUGUCUUUUGGGAGAAUUAAAUGUCUUUGUCUUCCCGUA